CGGGGGUCUCUAAAAAUAGCUUCCAGUGGAAAGUCACCGACGUUUGAAAAUAGAUUCUCUCUUUUACAAGUUUGCACUCGUGUUAUGUGAAUUUUGCUGCACAAAAAAUGGCCCAAGCACAAGAAGUAGCUACAAGUAACAAUGAAGAAUUUCAAAAAAUCCUCAAGCUCAAAGAUGCCGAAAUAGUUAUUUUAAAAGAAAAACUAACCUCUAUGGAAAACGAAGUUGCAGAAGCGCAAAAAAUCAAAGCUCAAAAAAAAACGCAACACGACGAAGUGCACGCACUAAAAAUCCAAUCCGAAGGCAUCCUCACCAAAGCCAAAGCCAUGAUUUUCGAAAACACCAAAGUCAUCAAAAACCAAGAACUCCAAAUCGAAGCUUUGGGCCAACAAAACGAAAGCCUUAAAGACGUUGUUAGAAUCACCAAAGACUUACUUGAAAUAAGAAACUUAGAAGUAAAACAGUUGGAAAACAAAAUAAACGCCAUGGAAGGCAAGGUGAAAGCCGAAAAAGAACGCCAAGAUUUGUUGCACAAAAAAUUGGAAACCAUGAUCAGGCAUAAUGGGGAAUUGAAGCGCGAGUACGAAACUCAAUUGUGUCUUUUCAAUGCGUUGAGGAAAAGGUACAGCGAAAAAGAGUUGGCUAAAGAUGUCGUCAAAGAGUUGGGGAACGAUGUUGAUAAUGCGCGUAGGGAACUUCAUAAAGUCAACGAAGAAAAUAAUGAGCAGAAGCAAGUUGAUGGAGCUGAAAAUCAAGUUAAUGGUGGUGAAAAUCUGGUUAAUGGUAAAGAAGAACAAGUCAAUGUUGAAGAAAUCUCUAAGGAGUAAUAAUUUGUAUUGUAUAAUAAUUAUAGACAAAUAAUUAUUAUUUUAGAUAUUUAUUUGGUUGUUAAUAAGAA